CCUACGGUACACACACAUGUACAUCCUACGAUACAUACACACCCUACGGUAUACACACACGCUACGGUACACACACACACUACGGUACGCACACCCUACGAUAUACACACACGCUGCGGUACACACACACUAUGGUACACACACACACACUAUGGUGCACACACACACUAUGGUUAGAGACUGGACAUGUGUAUAUAUGUGUGUGUGUGUAGGUAGUACUCUGAUUAAGUGUGGGGAGUUGGAGAGGCAGAUCGGGGUGGCAAACAAGAAGCUGAUCCAGAGUACAGACAUCAACUUCCUGUCUCCUCUACGGAGGUUUACUGACCAGGAAUACACAGUCAUACAGGUACACACACCACAUCACAACACACACACACUAUUAUAACACAAAUACACUCUGACAACUGCGUGUGUGUGUGUUUGUGUGUGUGUGUGUAGAAUGAGCGCAGGCAGCUGGUGAAUAAGCGGUUAGAUCUGGACAUUGCGAAGGCCAGACUGAGAAAGGCAUAGGAAGCAGCGAGGCCCGGGGUCUAAAUGCUAACCCAUUAGGAGAGGAGUAUGUAGCUCAUGUCUCCUACAUGUUCAGCUUCCUACGAGUCAGAUGGCUGAAGAUGUGGGCCCAGGAAGUCUCUCAGGCAGAGAUGGAGCUGAGGAUCUCUCAGUGUGUGUUUGACCGACAGUCAGAGAUCACCAGACUACUGCUGGAGGGAAUCAACACUACACAUGCUGCCCAUUUGAGAAGCCUGUCUGACUUUGUAGAAGCCCAGGGUAGCUACUACGCUCAGUGUUACCAGCUCACACAGGUAGUGCUCCCCCUCUGAUCUGCUACAAUAACAACUGGCACUUAGAAACUAACCAACCCUCCACAGGUAACCUGCCCUUAACAACUACCCAGCCCGUAGCAACAUGUGAGUCUUCGACAACCAUCCAGGUAACUAGCCAACCUGUAGCAGCCAACCAGGCAACUAGCCAACCCCUAUCAAGCAACCAGGCAAACAGCCAACCCUUAGCAACCAACCAGGCAGCCAACGAGUCCUCAAAAACCAAGAAGUCCUCGACAAACAACCAGACAAGCAGCCAAAUCUUAGCAACCACUGGAUCCUCUACAACCAACCAGGUAACCAACUAGUUUAGAUUAGUUUAUUGACAAAAAUCACAUAUCAAGGUCAGACUUAUUUCCAUUUUGAUUUGCUAGGCCUCGACAAUCAUCCAGGCAACCAGCCAACCCCUAGAAAUCAACCAGGCAACCAGCCAACCUCUACAAACCAACCAGGCAGCCAGCCAAUCCCUACAAACCAUCCAGGCAACCAAUGAGUCCCCAACAACCAAUGUGUCCUCAUCAACCAACCAGGCAACAAACCAACCCUUAACAACUAACCAGCCAUUGACAACCAACCAGGCAACCAGUCAAUCCCUAGCAACCAACCAGGCACCCAGUCAAUCCUUAGCAAACAUUGAGUCCUCACCAAUCAACGAGUCCCCGACAAACAACCAAGCAACCAGCCAAGCCUUGACAACCAACCAGCCAACCAUUAGCAACCAAUGAGUCCUCAACCACCAACCAGGUAGCUAACCAACCCUUACAAACCAACCAAGCCAGCAAUGACUUCUCAAUAACCAACGAGUCCUCAACAACCAACCAGGCAACUAGCCAACCCUUAGCGACUCACCAGCCCUCGACAACUAACCAGGCAACCAGCCAAUCCUUAGCAACUAACCAGGUCCCCAGCCAACCCUUUACAACCAGCUGGGAAUCUUUCAAACCCUUAGCAACCAAUGACUCAUCAACAAGUUCUCAACAACCAACCAGACAACUAGCCAACCCUUAGCCACCAACAGGGCAACCAACCAGACAACCAAUGUGUUUUCAACAACUAAUGAGUCCUCGACCACCAACCAGGUAACUAACCAGCCCUCGACAACCAAUCAGGUAACCAACCAAUCUCUAGCAACCUACCGGACAAACAGCCAACCCUUAGCAACCAAUGAAUGCACCAAUUUGUAAGUCGCUCUGGAUAAGAGCGUCUGCUAAAUGACUUAAAUGUAAAUGUAAAUGUAAAUGAGUCGUCAACAAACAACGAGAACUUGACAAACAACCAAGCAACCAGCCAACCCUUGACAUCCAACCAGGCAACCCCUACAAACCAACCAGGCAACCAAUGAGUCCCCAACAACCAAUGUGUCCUCAUCAACCAACCAGGCAACAAACCAACCCUUAGCAACCAACCAGCCCUUGACAACCAACCAGGUAACCAGUCAAUCCCUAGCAACCAACCAGGCACCCAGCCAAUACUUAGCAACCACUGAGUCCUCACGAAUCAACAAGUCCCCGACAAACAACCAAGCAACCAGACAACCCUUGACAAUCAACCAGGCAACUAGCCAACCGUUAGCUACGAAUGAGUCCUCAACCACCAACCAGGUAACUAACCAAGCCAGCAAUGACUUUUCAAUAACCAACGAGUCCACAACAACCAAUCAGGUAACCAACCAAUCUCUAGCAACCUCCCAGACAAACAGCCAGCCCUUAGCAACCAAUGAGUCGUCAACAAACAAUGAGAACUCAACCACAAACCCGGUAACCAACCAACCCUUAUAAACCAACCAGGCAACAGACAGCCCUUGAUAAGCCACCAGGAAACCAUCAAACCCUUAGCAGCCAAUGAUUUCUCAGCAAUCAACGAGUCCUCGACAACCAAGGAGAACGUGACAAACAACCAACUCUCAACAACCAACCAGCCCUUAGAAACCAGCCAGAGAACCAGUCAGCCUGCAGGUGGUCCUGUAGCUGACUGAACAAUCUGACUGUGGAACUGUCUGUAUGAAAAGCGUGCGUUUAUAUUGUGGGUUUGAGUUGUGAACAGCUCCUCUCUGCCAAAACAUCAGCUACCAUGGCUAGGUCCUAAAUGAAGGCUCUGACCUAAAAUAGUGCACUAGGGGAAAUAGGGUGUCACUUCGGAUGGGUCCAAUGUCUCAGUCGUAGUGGUGAAGGGCAACACAGCUAUAGGGGCCGUCUAUAAACCGUAGCAGGCUUGUAUUGACCAUUCACCAGUGUUGUUGUUGGACCCAGCAGGACACACGCGUACGGGCUAAUCCAGGAAGAGGACAUGCUACUAUGGAGUCAUCAGUGGUAGGGAAGUCUUAGAUGUUGAUAUCUACUGUCCUGUCAUAACCUGUGUGUCUAUCGGAGCAUCCAUGUACUCUUUAAGGGAGUUACGUGUUGUCCUGUCAUAAC